AUGCCUGUCCGUCUACCACAGGCUACCGGCCUCUACAAAUGCCCAUCAUGCGCUGCCCGCUCGUCGCCCCGCUCCUUCUCGGUCUCGACUGCUCAGCUCGCUCUUGGUCCUGAAUCUCCUCGCUAUAUGGACAUCCCUCAGCCACCUCAGCAGACUCUCCCUGACAAGACCCGCCUCAAGGGUAUUCUGCCUGUCCCACGCGAUGUCUUUGCUGGCCAGGACCCCAAAGCCCCUUUCAAUGUGGACCAAGCCACCAAGGAACCCUCCCGCUCACAAUCUCACAACGACCCUCGCUCUGUCUGGAAAGAGCGCAUGGCUGCUUCACGAAGGAAGAACUUGAAGGAGGGUCUCAAAGCUCUGCAGUAUCGUAGAAUCAAGUCUGACGACCACAUGGCUACUCGUGCCACUCUCCGCCAGCAAGAACGCGAGGCCCGUCUGCACCUUCCGGAACGCGAAGACGAGCGUCUUACCGCCCCUUCGGUCGAUUCCAACCUCCUCGACCUCCUUAAGAAGGGUCCACUACAAGAUCCUAACAGAGAAGCCCGUCUGGCCGAAAUGCGCGAACGACAUGCCUUGAAGCAGGCCGCUCGUCAAGAAGACCGCCGCGAUGCUCUGCACUCACUCUACGUCAACGCUCGCGAGUUUAUCGUCAAUGACUCCCAGCUUUCUGCUGCAAUUGACAAGGCUUUCGGUACUGUUGAUCAGCCUCGUGCCUUUGGCCAGAACGGUGCCAGCAUCUGGGACAACACCCCAAGCGCCCCUAGCUCUAUUGUUGACAUGCUCAACUCGGCAACUGCAAGAGGCGUCCGUGGUGGUGCUCUCAACCAGUCAGCUAUGAACAGAGAUACCGCUUUGACUGCGGCUAGAGUUCGCAGAAUGGCUGCAGAGUUGACAGGAGGUCAAUUACCUUCAAAGUCUUCCUUCUAG